AUGAAGUUUGUGGUAAGUUAGAUUUUUUGAUGCUGCAUGGUAAAUUUGAUAAUAAUUCACGUCGAAUAGGACAAGUGUUUAUAAAUUUUUAAAGUUUCAAUAAAUAUAAUCAUUAACAACUACUUUUAAAACAAUUCUUUUAGAACGGUACUUUUGUCUGGAUUAUUGACAAAUUCGAUUCAUCUAUCCCUCAUGGCAGUGGAUAUUGUAAGCGUUUUGGUUUGGAUGACGGCGAUACGCGUCCUUAUACGGUUCAAAUUUAUCCAAACGGCACUGAAAUUUUUGGAAAGUUUACGGUUGAUAUGCUGGUCAAGGAACUUCGUAUCGAUGUGAGCGAUAUCUUAUUCUGGAGUGUUAAGAUAUCUGUAAACGGAGCUAGAGUUUUUGAAUUUUCAGGUAAGGAUUCAUUAAGAACUGUUUUAGCGAAAAAUAACGUUUUUAAUUUCCCGCCAAAUUGGCAUUGUUUUUCAAGCUUAUAAUAUUAAAAUUUAUAAGUUUAACCAUUUUUCUCUGAUAAACUAGUACAAAACUUUUAAUGAAGCAUAAAUACUAAUUGUAAGCUGUUUUAGUCGAGGACGCUCACGAAUCCGACAAUGAUAACUCUGCUUGGUUGAGAAACGUUCUGAACAAUAGGAGAGUGAAGGUGGAAUGCAAGUUGAAGCAUUACAAAGGGACCGAAAAAGAACUUUCCGACAUGCUGUGUUGCAUUUUGUGA